CAACUCGACAUGAAGGCUUUCUUUGCUCUGGUAGUCUUGGCUAUUGCCGCUCCUGCUCUGGCAGGUCGUACCCUGGACCGGUGCUCCCUGGCCCGUGAGAUGUCCGACCUGGGAGUUCCCCGUGACCAGCUGGACAAGUGGACCUGCAUCGCCCAGCACGAGAGCGACUACCGCACCUGGGUGGUGGGACCGGCCAACUCCGACGGCUCCAACGACUACGGCAUCUUCCAGAUCAACGAUCUGUACUGGUGCCAGGCCGACGGCCGCUUCUCCUACAACGAGUGCGGCCUGAGCUGCAAUUCCCUCCUGUCGGACGACAUCACCAACUCCGUCCGCUGUGCCCAGAAGGUGCUCAGCCAGCAGGGAUGGUCCGCCUGGUCCGUCUGGCACUACUGCAGCGGAUGGUUGCCGUCCAUCGAUGAGUGCUUCUAAACUGAUUUUGGCCACGAAUAAAAUGACUAUACAGCAAUCCUUUGCCGCUUUAAAAUUCAGAGUUGAAAAUCCACUGCGCCUAGAACAGGUUGGGAACUAUAAAGUCUUUGAAAGAUAGGUCUUUUAAAAAUUGAAUUAAAUAUGGGAUUUCUCAGAAACCUUAAGUUUUCCAUCGUAUCAUUACCCACGACCAUCUCGGUCAAAAUAAAGUCAGUUGGACAUCCACCGCAACUAAUGGAGAGCACUCUUUGGAGCCAUUAGCCCGGGGUGCCAUUUCACGGCUUAUCAAUUCCAGUUUUGUGGAGCAGUUUUCAAUUUCUGCCUCACAAAUUGAUUUAUGCAAAUUUGAGAGCUCGCACCCCGCCUCCUGGUUUCUGUUUUGAGUGAUCUUUCAACACGGUUCGCGCGGCCGUCGAGGCUUCAGUUUUGAGUUUCUCCUGUCUGCGGCCAAUGGCUGCUGACAUUGAUCGAAGUGUUUUUGUGUCUGGCUGCUGUGGGAACCGCAUCUCCACGGUAACCCCAGUCAGUCGGGCUGCCAGCUGGAGGUGCGUGAGGGGUACGAGGCACCAGGCACACCUGACGAAAGAAUCGAAGCAGACCCACUCCCCGGCAUAGCUGAGCAUCCGCGGUACGUGACUGAUUGGAACUGAUUGAUACUGACUGGGCUGGGUAGAGCAGAGUUGGGUCGAGGUAACCCACCUGAGUGGCACGUCAUAACCGCCCGAGCACAAUGGCAUAUGCGAUUUGCAUAGCCACAUGUGGACCGUUAACCCCUCAUUGUGGUUUAACGGCACUCGGGUCCCGAGAGAGGGAACUUCAGCCCAUGAAGUUAUGAUCAGCUCGUCUGGCUGGCUAGUCAGUCAGUGAAAGUGUCUUAUUCCUAGCACAUUAAAAUGCAAAUUUUCAUUGAAGGCAGAAACCGAAAUUGAAAUACAAAUCAGCGACUGUCACAGAUCAAAAUCGCGUUCGAUUGGAUCGCUCGGUGGUGGCUAGGAAACAGGCCUGCAGCCCACUUGCCAGACGCCUCUUUGCGAUCUGGGUGUCGUUGACAGCGGAUAUACGCAAAGGCACCUGUCCCGAGCCAGAGACACCGCAGAAACCACCUCAAAACCCAACCCCGACUCCGACUGCAGAUAAGCCUCGGCUCGAAAUGUUCAAUAAACUUAACGGCUUGUUUUUCCGGUGCGUUACGUGGUGGCGACCCAAACUCCAGCUCCCAGCUCCAGCUACCAACCACUUUUUAUAAACAUAUAUGCAAAUUCAAGUUCUCCCAUGUCAAGCACGUACAUUAAUUGACUCCACCCGAUUGGUUUUCCCCUUCCAA